AUGUUUGAUGAUUUAGGAUAUUCAACUAAAACUCAACAUGGUGUUCUUAAGAUUUCUAAAGGAUCUUUAGUCAUUGUUAAGGGUAACAAAGACAAAAACAAUUGCCUAUUUAUCUUAGAUUAUUUUGUUGUAACUGCACAUGUCUCCCUUGCUAGUAACACACUAUUUGAUAAAACUAAAUUGUGGCACUUAAGAUUAGGUCAUGUUAGUGAGAACGACUUAGUUGAACUUGAGAAACAAAAUCUGCUAAAUGGUGAUAAACUUGAUAAGCUUGAUUUCUGUGAUCAUUGUGUACUUGAAAAAUCCCAAAUGGUGAGAUUUGGGACUGGUACACAUGUCUCAACUAGACCAUUUGAGUAUGUUCACUCAGAUUUAUGA